CACAGAUUUGGAAAGUUGUGGAAUUCCAAGACCGGAGUGCAGCAGUUGUGUCGUCCAGCUGGGUGGUAGAUGUUGACGGAGAAGUGGGAUGCUACUGGCCACCCUUUGGUGAAAACAAAGCUGUGAAGGCCGCCAUGAACUGCACCCCCCCGGGACAAGGAUGGCGAUUCCAUCAAAAAAUAAGGGUGCUGGCAACCUGUGGCACCUUUGCCAAAGCAAGACGUUACCUGACCCGAUCGCUUGAGGAAGGCUGCCUUACAGCAGACCUGCAAUCGGAUGAUGGUGAGAUGGGGCCAAGGAAAAGACGACCAAACAAAAGGUAUUUGGAGGAGGACAGCGAGGAGGAGGCAGGACCAAGCUGUAGGGGGAGGAGGCCACCAUCUAUUGACGCCACUCAGCUGGACAGCGAGUGGCAAUUCCCCUCCCUUAAUGAAGACACCCAGCCAGGCCUGUUUCUUCACAGCCAGCCAUUAACUCAUGAUUCACCGUCGUCAGAAACCCCGCCAGGCCCUUUCCUUCACAGCCAGCCACUAACCCAUGAUUCACCCCAGCCACGUCACCGCUUCCAUGCCACACCUCUGCCAUCGCAACAGGGGAACAAUCAGUUGCUGCGUGACAUGGGCAUCAGCACAGUCAUCGCUCUCCUUGGCCAGCUGAGGGAGGAAAACAGGGAGCUGAAGGGGGAAGUAGGAAGGCUGGUGCAAGAGGUCAGGGCCCUAAGGAGAGAGAUGGGGAGACAAGACACACCCCAGACAUCGCCCCUAAUCAAGCUCCCACUCUCCACCAUGGAGGAGUUUUUGGCAGCAGAGGCCCUGGUGAAGGAAGAUGCCAAACAAAAGCAGCUAAUGGUGUCUACCUUAGCCCUUUGUGGAGGAACCGACGUAGGGGUCACAGUGAGGCGGAUGCUGCGUAGCCUCCUGGUCAACAGCUUGGCCAGCCAAUUUAGCUGGGCUGGAAAGGGGGAAAAAACUGCGUUUAAGGACACCAAGAUCCAUGAUGUCCUGUUUGAUGCUCUACAAAAGCAGCUGCCAGGGAGCACACACACUACUUUUAGUGACACAAUCAAGAAGUGGCUUAAGUAUGCCCUCCUCUUCCUCUACCCCUCACAGGCUGUGGUGCUGGCUGUACUGGUGCAGCCUCUUCAUCGUCUUCAGUGCCACUUCAGGGAUGUGUAA